AUGACAGCAACCAUAAUGGAGCAAGAUGGUGUCUUGUCUCAGGAGCUGAUGGCUCAAACCGCUCGGCUAGGAGAAGGAAUUAAGCAGCUGAAUCCUGACGGGGAGCAGCAGAUUCCUGUUACAAAGAUAGAAUCAUCUCUGUGUUACUUACUGACUGUAAGAGUCAUAAGAGCAAGAAAUAUCCACCAGGCAGAUGUCUUAAGCCAGACUGAUUGCUACGUGAGCCUGUGGCUGCCAACUGCUUCAAGUGACAAAUUUCAGACUCAAACCAUCAAGAAUUGCAAAGAUCCAGUCUGGAAUGAAACCUUCUACUUCAGGAUCCAGAGUCAGGUCAAGAAUGUGCUGGAACUGGCGCUGUAUGAUAAAGAUGUGGUUACUCAAGAUGACCACCUCUUCACGGUGUACUUUGAUAUAGCCAAACUUUCCCUGGGAGAGCAAGUCUUCAUGCACUUCAAGUGCGAUUCACAGAGACAAGAGGAGCUAGAGGUGGGAUUUACAUUGGAUAAUAUUUCAGGUCCUCCUGAAACCAUCAUUACUAAUGGAGUACUAGUGUCUCGCAAAGUCUGCUGCUUGGAAGUCCAGGUGGUUGAGAAGAAGAAGAAGAAGAAGAAAAAAGAGAAGAAGUCCUUAUCAAAGAAAGAAUUCUCCUUUAAAGUGCAAGGCUCUUAUGAGGGCACCCAAGAAAUUAUGCUGGGAUCUGAUUGUGUCUUCAGCUCCUCCUCUCCUGCCAAAUUCCACUAUGCCAGAUACAAGCAGCCAAUGCUGGAUGUUAUGCUACCAGGGAAGAAACGACCUCCCUCCUUUUGCUCCCGUGUGUACGAUACAGGAUCUCCAAAUGUGGAACUUCAUUCCCUUCCAAGUGGCAAAAACAUGAUCUUAGCAGAGGAUAAAGGAUUUGAUUUAUAUGCGAAGGCAGAAGACUGCCCAGACCACCUUGAUGUGCGUUUGGGGUUUGACCUCUGCAUGCAGGAGCAAGACUUUCUGUGCAAAAGGCAGAAGUACGUUGCCCCUGCUCUGAAGAAGGUCCUGCAGCUGGAAGCAGAUCUGCUGGACCAUGAGACCCCAGUGGUGGCCAUCAUGACUACGGGAGGAGGGAUGAGAUCUCUGACCGCGCUGUAUGGCAGUCUGCGGGGGCUCAAGAAACUCAAUGUCUUGGACUGUGCCACGUACCUGACUGGCUUGUCUGGUACUACAUGGACCAUGUCAAACUUGUACAGAGAUGCUGACUGGUCACAAAAGGAUCUCGACAAGCAAAUCAGUGAGGCUCGAAAACAUAUGACAAAAUGCAAAAUAAAUUCCCUUUCCUUGAAGUAUUUGAAGUAUUACAAAAAGCAGCUGUGUCAACGGAAAAGAGAGGGCCGCAAAACAUCUUUUAUAGAUCUCUGGGGGCUUGUCCUGGAAUCUUUGUUACAUGAUGGGAAAGACAACCAUAGACUCUCUGAUCAACAACGGGCCAUUGAUCGUGGUCAGAACCCACUGCCUAUCUAUACUGCAGUCAAUGUCAAGAACAACUAUAGCACUCUGGAUUUCAAAGAAUGGGUGGAGUUCACCCCUUACGAGGUGGGAUUGCAAAAAUACGGAGUGUUUGUUCGCGUUGAGGACUUUGGCAGUGAGUUCUUCAUGGGUCGGUUGAUGAAGAAGGUCCCUGAAUCCCGGAUCUGCUUCUUAGAAGGCAUGUGGAGUAGUUUAUUUUCAUUGAAUGUGUUAUAUAUCUGGAAUUUGUCCCAUUCAUCAGAAGAUUUCUGGCACAGGUGGACCCGGGACAAAAUCGACAAUAUAGAGGAGGAACCCAUCCUACCGCUGAAGCUGCACGAACUGAGGACUCGCCUGUUCACGCCUCCCGGCCCCCUCGGCAGUGCUCUUCGCAGCGCUCUCACCGACCGCCUCUGCAUUGCCCAGGAGCACAACUUCCUAAAGGGUUUCCAGAUGCAUAAUGACUACCUGGAGAACAAGCACUUUUGCAGAUGGAAAGAUACUGUGUUAGAUACGUUUCCCAACCAGCUGACACAAUCAGAGGAAUUCCUGUCUCUGGUAGAUACGGGAUUUUUCAUCAAUACAAGCGUCAUGCCACUUUUAAAACCGGAGAGAAAGGUGGACAUCAUCCUGCAUUUAAAUUACAGUGCAGGAUCACAGAUACAGGCUCUGGACCACACCUGCAAGUACUGCUCAGAGCAGGGAAUCCUUUUUCCCAGAGUGGACUUGAGUGAAGAAGACAGGAAAAACCUGAAGGAGUGUUACCUCUUUGACAGUGCUGAGACUCCAGGAGCACCAAUACUGCUAUUUUUCCCACUAAUUAAUGACACCUUCCAAAAAUACAAAGCACCAGGUCAGAAGCGCUCAGAGUCAGAGAUGGAAGAUGGCAAAGUUGAUCUCUAUGGCUGCUGUUCCCCUUAUUCAACAUAUUCAAUUCAGUACACUGAGAAGGCAUACGACCGUUUGGUUCAGCUGGGUGAAUACAACAUCCUGAAUAAUGAAGCCCUCAUUAUGCAGGCCUUGCACACAGCAGUAGCACGGAAAAGGCAGAAAAAGAAAUAA